GUUCAUAGUCCGUAACCCUCUCGGAGAAGGGAGACGAAAUCUCAAAUUCUUAGAAAAUCUACAAACAUCUGGCCUCCGCGAACUGUAGAAGUAUUUCGCUUGCUUCUUCCUGGUUGCAAUCCAAUUGUAUAAAUCAUUCCUCGCAAAUUUGGACUACUUCUGAUCGGAACGGGCCAACAGGUUUUAUUGUGAUCUUCAAACGGCUGAUACCCGUCUGACUGGUUUGCCUUCGAACAUGGCAUCGGUGGACCAGAAAGAAGAAAGGCAUGGCGAAGGAUUGUUUAAGGAAGUUAGUGAUACCUACAUAUGCUGGGACAAGUCUGCCGUGGAGAACAUUCCCGCAGACGUCAACGCCUUUUUCGGUCAUCCGCUCACCGCGGCAACGAAUGCGAUCGAGGGAGCAGAUUCCCUGGCCCUGCUUCACGAGUACCAAAAUCUCCCGCCGAUUGAUACUAAUAAGGGACAGUACCAUUACGUAGAGAUCGGGGACACUAAUAAAAUCACAACAGUAGAUGAGCUACUCGUUCUCGACUCGGCUAAAUCCGAAGCCAGCCCUAUCCACAGUGACAGCCCAAAACCGCAGGAUCUACGCGUAGUUCGAGCCUCUGAGUCUGAAAUGAUCCUUGCGACCAGUCAAGAACUUUCCCGGGAGCAAAUGGUUAUAUUCAGCCAAAGCAGUGUGCCACAUACAUCAGGUUAUGGACAGUUUCCAGUUUAUACGAUACCAAUGGCCAGACCACAGACAACAGUAGAGCUGAACGUUCCACCGAAGAACAAGCAGCAUGCAAAGAAGGCAAGGCGGCGACCAAACCAUGCGGAGAUGACUUACAAUCUUCACCAGGCGAAUGAAACCCAAGCGCCAACAGAGCAAGGGCAGCAUCAAGUCCAACAUCAAACGCUUCAGCCGAGUCCUUCUCCGCAACCUCUGCAGUACCAAGAACCCGCAGUUCCGCCCAUGAUCCAGCAGUUACAGCAACAUCGAACCUUCCAGCUAAAUCAAAUCCCCACGUUUCAUCCUUUACAACCGAAUCAACAGAAACAACAGGCUCACGCUACUUUUUCCAUGGAUACACUCAACAACAACGUGCCCAACUUUUCGACAAGUGUAGCACAGUCUCAUAGUGCACUCCAAGCCGCAUUGAAUUCAAAGCCUUUGGCACUCUCAGUGAUCUCUCAACCAAACUACCAAACGUUAGCACAAACUGUCAAUACGCCGACGAUAAAAUAUGAAACUCAUCGUUCCCCUGCUGUAAAAUAUGAUACUCAUAAUGCCCAUGUGAUGGAUAACUUGGAUACCGUAAUACAACGGACUGUCAACCCAAGUACUACAUGGACCCCUUCCACAAACUGCCAAACUACAUUCAGUCAAAGUGCACACGUUCAAAUAAAUUCAGAUGCAUCACCUGUAAUGUCCCAAGGAACAUUUACAAAUGGUGUUGGUGUGAACAGCCACCUAUCUCAUCCCGUUCAGCAAAUGAAUCCUCGCGAGAGUAACGCUUCUGAUCGACAUGAAGUCCUCUCUGUCGAUAGUGGUAUCUCGGAUUCGUGUGUAUCGCCGACCCACCCAUCUCCAAGGUUGGAACCAACCAGAAACAGCCAGUUUACGGUUGAAAAAGGUUCCAGUGCGGCGCCCAAAGCGAAGCGUAGGCAGUCUACUGGAAGCAGCACUUGCACGAAUCGACAAGGGAAGGAGAUGACUAUACCUAAACGAAAUCAUGACAAUACUGGAUUCCAUUACUUUCUCGAAGCACCAACCUCAACAUUCCAAAAGCUGGAUGAAGAUAGAGUCACAUACAUUAAUAAAAGUCAGUAUUAUGGACUAACCCUGGAAUGCAACCUGUCAGCGCGAAGGGAACCAUCAUUGUUGCGAAGUGAUGUGGUCAAAUCUGUGGUGAUCGUCGUCUUACGUUGUGAAAAGAAUGUGGAGGAGAGCGCUGCUUGGGAGCUCUGGUAUAGCCGUCAGCACAAUGUCAAACAGAGGGUCAUAGAUAUUGAUACGAAGAAUAGCAGUGGCAUCAUCAUCGAGAGCAUUCACGAACUUGCCCACAACGCCCUCUCCUUCCACUGGCGGCCUCGGGAGGGGACCUCGAGGGCUAGCAUAGCUCUUCACUGUCUUAGCACGGACUUCAGCAACCAAAAAGGAGUGAAGGGUGUGCCGCUCCAUCUUCAAAUCGACACAUUUGAGGAAGUGACGGAUCGGUUUCCUGUUCAUCGCGCUUACUGCCAAGUCAAAGCGUUCUGUGAUAAGGGUGCUGAGAGAAAGCUUCGUGAUGAGGAAAGGCGCAAAGAGGCGAAGAUUCGUUUGGCUGAAAGUCGACCAACUCGUCGGAGACCCGUCCAGACGCACCCUGCAUCUAAUCGAUCUGAAUUUUACUCAAUGCUGGAUUUGGAGAAGACCCCCUUCCUAUUUUAUGGUUAUCAGGUACCAAACCAAAAUCUUUACAACAAGUGUGGAUACCCAAGCCCAAGUACCGGUACGCGGUAUUCCAAUCCAAGCCCAUCUCCAACAUGCCAGUGUAACUGUGGAUGUCACGAUUCGCAGACUCUAACAUACUCUCCGUCGAAGAAGCCGAAGGUGGACGAUGGCCAGAAAAUUCUGCUGUACGCAAGAAGACGAAAUGAGACAGCAUUUACGGCAUUAGUCCUCAGGCUGCCAACGGCUAAUUGUCUGAAAGCAGCAAUCGCGGACAAGUUUCAAGUGCCUUCUCAUGAAAUUCGCAAUGUUUACAAGCAUUCUAUGAAAGGGAUCAUAGUCAAACUGGAUGAUGACAUCAUACAGAACUACAUCAACGAAUCAACCUUUGAGAUCGAGAUUGCUCGUCACGAGGCUGGAUAUGACGUGCAGCUGAGCGAGAUAGAACCAAGCAUACUUAGAUACAGAUAAACGUUCACAAAAUGGACAAGUUCAGAUAACAUUUAUUUCUAGUCAGCAAUAAGUUAUAGCUAAUACUUAAAUUAAAUGACUUAAUUCAAAUUUUGACGCAUGUAAUGCUGAGGUUGACAAGAGCUCACUCAUAGCAUGUGAUUUUUGACAUGGUGAUCAAUUCAACUGCUCAAAAAGUCAUACCGGGUAGACUUUCUUUUCUCAAGGAUUGGAUCAAGCAUUACAACACUAAUUAUUGCUUUACGUCAUGCCGGCCUCGUCCGCC